AUGAGAUCGAUUUCGGAACCAGAGAUCAAUCACGAGCUCGCCAAAAUCUGUGGUCCCGAUGGCUCCCAAUCUGGUGGAACAACGCCGAGGCUUGCGCAUGCUCGGCACGGUUCCGAGUCUAAGGACAACGACGAAAGGGCCAAUUUUGUUGGAGAAAGUUGGUACGCCUCCUACGUCCUUGCACACAGCAACACCACUACCGGGCACUCGGAGCUCCAUCGCGCUCGGGAGCAGCCUUAUGCCUCCAAUGUAAGGAGGCCUGUUCCCUCCGAUUUACCUCCACAGCAUCUUCUUGAACGCCUACUGGAGGCCUACUUUACCCGCUUCCACGUCUUUUGUCCGAUCGUCGACCGCGUACCGUUCCUCGAGACAGUCCGAGAGGGCACUGUGUCCAUGACACUGUUCCGAUCCAUCCUCUUCGUUGCUUCCAUCCAUUGUGCUCCAGAGACCUUCCAUCUCAUGGGCUAUAGCACACGUAUGGACGCCGAAGACGAUCUUUUCAGUAAGGCUUGUGCCUCGUUCGAUGCAGACAGCACCUCUGACCGUACCACCAUGGUGCUGUCAUCCUAUCUUCUUCACUAUUGGUUCGGCAAACCCACCACCUACAGAGAUGCACUAUGGUGGCUCGCAACAUCAAUCAGAUCGGCUCAAUGUAUGGGUUAUCACCGCAGCACCAAAGAUUCUAAGAUGUCCGUAAGCGACAAGUCCCGGUGGAAACGUAUUUGGUGGUGUCUGUUCAUCCGAGACCGGCAGUUAUGCUUAUCGACUGGUGUUCCCAUGGUCAUUAAUGAUCUAGAUCACGAUGUCGAAGAACUCACAAUGGAGGACUUUCCUGGUGAAUCGCUGGACACCGCAAGAUACAUUAUCCUUCAGGUCGAGCUCAACCAGACUGUCUCGCAGAUGUAUUUCCGACAUUGUGCUCCACCACAACUGCCCUUGAGUCGAGAUGCGAACGUUCGAGCUCACGCCCGGCGAGACAUUGAGAACGGAUUUGAAACCUGGGUCACCCGAGCGCGGACGUGGGACCGAUGGAAUGAGAGCCAUCAGCUCAGCUUGCUGCUGAAGGUCAUCUAUUACUACUACAUCCUCAAUAUUCAGCGUCGACUCCAACGGCUGUCGCCCUCAGCCCAGCCCGACCCUGAAGGCGCCAUCAUUCUCUUAGAGGCAGCCAACAAUAUCGCGCACUUUGUCGAGGACUCUUUGUUAUACUGGAGUCCAGAGCAUUUCCCCUUGAUCUACGUUUCAGCCAUCUUCAGCGCAUUGAUUGUUCAUGCAGAGCGUUCCAGGGUUCCAAGUCAUCGAGAUGAGCAGUUAUCGAUAAAGAUCCGACCGUAUUUACUAGCUCUCAAGCAAUUUGAGCAAGUCUAUGUUCUGUCCCGCUGGGUACGCAACCUCUUCAUGGACAUGACAAGCCGCGGCCAGAAACGCGAAGAGACCGAAUGCCGCAAACAGAGACCUCCUUUAAUACAUCACGACUCCUCCACUUCGCUGAACAGCCACCUUGAGCCGUCUUCAGAUCCUUAUGCUGCAACGAGCUACCCUAUGCCGUCGAUGCCAGGAUACUUUAUCGAUCCGUUCUCAUCAAACAUGGAUCUAGGGCAAUUUGUUGGCGAUUUCCUCCCCAACUUCAAUUCCGAUGAAGACUUCAGCUCUCGAUCAAACUCGGCCAACGAUAUGCCAGGUUAUCCUCAUCCAGGAUCGGUGGAGUUUCAAACGCUGCAUUUCCUGACCGAUCUCGGCAUGCCCAAUACUACCUGA